ACUGCCUUUCCCUCGUCUGAUUUUCGGCCGGUCCUAAAAAACAAGUGAUUACAUAGGUUGGCGCGUGCUUUUUUAAUGCGAAAAAGGGGCACAAAUAGCAGUUUUUAAAAUUAAAACGUGAUGGCAGAUUCCAUUGACGACCUCUUUCAGUGUUUCGAAGAGGAUUCCGAUUCGGAAAAACCUUCACUUAAAAAUGAAUCAACAGAAAUCCAACCAUCAUCCGACAGUAAAACACAAGCGUCCAAACGCGACCAUGACGAUGAUGAUGCUGUUCAGGCUUUUUCGAAAAAGGCCAAAACUGAGGAAGAAGUCGAUAUACAAGACAUUAAUUUAGAGGAGUUGAAAAAUAGAAUUGUUGUUCAUGUUAUCGAGUCCAUGGAGUCGUGUACGCACGAAGUUGCGUGCCCCCCGGGACAGGAGUACACGCCGCUGAAGACAUGCCGAGGGGAACCAGCGAAAACGUUUCCGUUUGCGUUAGAUUCUUUCCAAAAGGAAUCUAUAUUGUGUGUUGAUAAUAAUCAGUCGGUGUUGGUUUCAGCACACACAUCGGCUGGUAAAACAGUCAUUGCAGAAUAUUCAAUAGCACUCUCGCUAAAGAACAAGCAACGCGUCAUAUACACCACUCCAAUAAAAGCCCUAUCUAAUCAGAAAUACAGAGAAUUUCUAGAUGAGUUUAAAGAUGUUGGUCUCAUAACCGGAGAUGUUACAAUAAAUCCCAGUGCUUCUUGUCUUAUUAUGACAACUGAAAUUUUACGUAAUAUGUUGUAUCGGGGAUCUGAAGUAAUGCGGGAAGUAGGCUGGGUUGUCUUUGAUGAGAUCCAUUACAUGCGUGAUAAAGAAAGAGGCGUUGUUUGGGAAGAAACUCUUAUUUUGUUGCCACAUAAUGUCCAUUUUGUGUUCCUAUCAGCGACGAUUCCAAAUGCACGCCAAUUCGCAGAAUGGGUUGCCCAUUUGCACGACCAACCCUGUCACGUGGUCUACACCGAUUAUAGACCAACCCCAUUACAACACUUUAUUUACCCUGCAGGCGGAAGUGGCAUACACAUGGUGGUGGACGAAACUGGAACUUUUAAAGACGACAGUUACAAUGCUGCCAUGGCGGUUUUGCAAAAUUCCGGUGAUGCCGCCAAAGGCGACGAAAGGGGUCGACGUGGCGGUAUAAAAAAUAAAGAUGCGACUCAAACCGACAUUUUUAAAGUUAUAAAAAUGAUCAUGGAACGAAAUUUUGCUCCAGUUAUUGUCUUUAGUUUUAGUAAGAAAGAUUGCGAAGUGUUUGCAAUGCAAAUGACGAAACUCGAUUUUAAUACAACUGCGGAAAAACAGUUGGUUGAUGAAGUUUUUAAUAAUGCAAUGGAUGUUUUGACAGAUGAGGAUAGGCAUUUGCCACAAGUUGAAAAUUUGUUGCCUUUAUUGCGUCGAGGUAUUGGAAUACAUCAUGGGGGUUUGCUUCCUAUUUUGAAAGAAACAAUAGAGAUUUUGUUCGGGGAAGGUCUUAUCAAGGCUUUAUUUGCAACAGAAACCUUCGCAAUGGGGCUCAAUAUGCCAGCCAGAACAGUUCUUUUCACUGGAAUGAGAAAAUUUGACGGACUUGAAUAUCGCUGGAUUACUUCUGGAGAGUAUAUCCAGAUGUCUGGACGUGCUGGGAGAAGAGGUUUGGACGAUAAGGGUAUAGUUAUCCUGAUGGUCGAUGAAAAGGUGCCUCCUGCUGCUGGUAGAAACAUUGUGAAGGGUUUGCCAGAUCCAAUUAAUUCCGCUUUUCACUUGACUUAUAAUAUGGUUUUAAAUUUACUACGAGUCGAAGAAAUUAAUCCGGAGUAUAUGUUGGAAAGGUCAUUUUAUCAGUUUCAAAAUCAGACAGCCAUACCUGGCUUGUACGAUAAAUAUAAGGAGAAAUUGGAGGAGUAUAAUAAUUUACAAAUCGAAUGUGAACCACAAAUUGCAUCGUACUAUACAAUUAGGCAAGAAUUGGAUAAGUUGGGGAUGCAAUUUCGAUCGUAUUUAACAAAACCUAAUUAUCUUAUACCCUUCUUACAACCUGGACGUUUGGUUAAGAUAAAAGUUGGUGAUACUGAAUAUGACUGGGGAGCUGUGGUGAAUUUCAAGAAAGUUAGCGAAAAUAUACCUGGCCGCAAACACGGUAAAGCAAAUCCCGCCAAAACUUCUACGAAAGUUCAGGUGGAUUUGCUAUUGCACGUCAUGUCUGAGGAUGGGUCCGACAAUAAAGAAGUAAUCCCCAAACCUUGUCUGGAUGGUCAGAAAGGAGAAGUUGAAAUAGUAAGCGUUGAAUCAGCAAUGAUAACCCACAUUUCAACCGUACGAUUAUAUUGCCCCAAUGAUUUGCGACAGAAAGAUACCAGGAAAGGCGUGUACAAAUCGAUAAAAGAAGUAAAAAAGCGAUUUCCCGAAGGACCGCCGCUUUUAAACCCAAUCGAUGACAUGAAAAUUUCAGAAUCGGAUUUCGUCGACAUCGUGAAAAAAAUCGAACAACUCGAAAAAAAAAUGUAUGAUCAUCCUUUGCAUAAACACUCACUUUUAAACACCGAAUAUGAAAAAUACGAACAAAAAGUCAAAUGCAAGGAGGAAUUGGCCGUAGCUCGUCAAAAAUUGCUAGAGGCCAAGUCGGUUUUACAACUAGAUGAGUUGAAGUGUCGUAAAAGAGUACUCAGAAGGCUGGGUUAUUGCACUAAUACGGAUGUAAUACAAUUGAAAGGCAGGGUGGCUUGUGAGUUGAGCAGUGCCGACGAAUUGCUUAUCACGGAAAUGAUAUUCAACGGAGUGUUUGGAAACUUGUCACCAGCACAGGCGUGUGCCUUAUUGAGUACGUUUGUGUGCGAUGAAAAAACCAACGAAAUGCCGAAAUUAUCCGAGGAACUGUCGGGACCUUUGAGACAAAUGCAGGACCUCGCAAGAAGAAUAGCAAAAGUAAGUAGUGAAGCAAGAUUGCCAUUAGACGAAGACGCGUACGUUGAAAAAUUUAAACCAGGGUUGAUGGAUGUGGUAUUUUCUUGGUGCAAUGGUUCAUCUUUUAGCGAUUUGUGUAAAAUGACGGAAAUUUUCGAAGGAUCAAUUGUUAGGUGUAUGCGUAGAUUAGAAGAAUUAUUAAGACAAAUGAUUCAAGCUUCAAAAACUAUAGGCAACACAGAUUUGGAAGAUAAAUUUAAUACAGCGAUUAAACAAAUUAAAAGAGAUAUAAUCUUUUCGUCAAGUCUUUAUUUGUAAUUAUUUAUCAUUUAAUGAAUUAUUGUAUUUUAAAUUUGGAAUACACAUUUUAUAGAAAUUAGUUUUGUUGCAAAUUUUAAGUUUACCUGUAAAGGGUCAACUGUCGCCCCACCACUUCAGCCCCCCAUUUUGUCUCUUUCCAAAGCUUAGUAGUAUAUAAGGCCGCAGGGAAGUGUUUUCAAAGUCAGUUGUUAUUCGUUAGUGCUCAGUGCUUGGUUUUGGAAACACUCUCCCGACCAUUUGUGUAUUUUUAUUUGUAAUAAACUUAUAAAAUGCGACUUGUUCUUUCCGUAAUGUGUCUGGUUUUGCUCAUAGUACGGAUUGAACACGUCGCCAUUUUUGAGUUUAAACUUUUUGUUUGUUGUAAUUUUUGUGGUGAGUAAAGUGUUUCGUACUUUCUUAAUAUCUUU